GGUUUUACACAUUUUCCGAAUAAAAAGUUUGUUCUUACGUUUAGCUACAACUUAAAUAAAGCUAAUAGUAAGAAUUUGUCUUCAAACGAGAAUUUCGACUUUCAUUCUAAUAAUAAUGAAUCAAAUGAUAAAAUUCAAUCGUUAAAAAGCAUAUUAAAGCUGAUUCAAAAUAAAUGUUCAACACAGUCUAAUCGAUCUCUAGCUGCUGGUUUCAAUAAUUUGAAAACAUCAGUUAAUAAUUCUUGCCAUCUAAAUAACAGUGAAGAUCUGGACAUCAAUUCCUAAUAAAUCAAAAGUGGCUAGGCUGUUGGCCAAUUACGACAUAAUUGUGACUUCUUAUCAGUGUAUUUCCAAAGAGCUACAUCAUGCAAUGUACAAUCCUCAAUUAAGAAAAUCUAGGAACAAGACUUUCGGGGGCGCUCGUUAUAACUAUUACUUGCCCUUGGUUCUUCUUCAGUUUUGGCGUAUCAUUCUUGAUGAGGUUCAAAUGGUUUCAAAUACAGUUUCCAAUGCCUCUAAACUCACCAAGAUAUUGUCAAGAUGCCACUCAUGGGGAGUAUCAGGAACUCCUAUUAGAAAAAAAAUGGGUGAUCUAUUUUAUUUUCUUUUGUUUUUGAGAAGAGAACCAUUUAUUAGCAAAGAGGGUUCUUGGCUUGAUUUACUCAACAAUGAAUAUUUGUGUGAUUUUUUAAAAUUGUCUUGUCUGUUAGGCAUUCGUCAUGACAAGCAUAUGGUAAAGGAUGAUAUUCGAUUACCUUCUCAAAAAAGAAUAUUACUCACAGUUCCAUUUACACCUAUUGAACAAAGCAACUAUGAAGAAUUGUACAAUAAGUUUUUAUGCAGUGUUUAUCUCAACGCGAAAGGAGAACCUACUAUCAAUGAUUGGGAGCCAAACUCGGCAGUUCAGUUUACCAUGGCUAAAUGGUUGGUGAGAUUAAGGCAGACAUGUUGCCAUGCAAACAUAGCCAGAAAUAGGUUGAAAAAUACAGCGAUUGGCACAAUGAAUGAAGUUUUGAUAAGAUUUAUUGGACAAGUUAAAAGUGAUUUAAAUCAAUUAGAGAAAACCAAUUGCUCCAUUAUCUUUCAAAGGAGUGAAAUUAUGGUUCAUCUUGGGAGGCCUUUUGAAUUUAAAAAGAUUCUUAAAAAUUACUAUCCAACAAUAAUUGGAAAAAUCAAAAGUAUCGAAAAGGAAAUAUUGGAGAUUUCGGGACACGAUGAAUCCGAAAGUAAAAAUAUAAUGGAUGAAUUGUUGUUUAAGGAUUUAUCUGAUGAAGAUGUAAAACAUAACAGUGCAAGUGAGGGCACUUUAGGACUUAAACUUCGAUUAAAAAGCUGGGUUGAAAUUCUUCACAAAUACUAUUUUUUCACAGCAACAUCACAUUAUCAGAUAUCAGUACAUAUUUCCAAUAACCAACACUUAGACGAAGCUCGGUUUGAAAACAUUGUAAAAAGCAAGGCAAAUCUAACUGACGAAGAAAAUGGUGUUAUUGUAGAGGAAAUAAGUGAAAGUAAUUAUAUAAAAAACAAAAGGCUCGAGGAUCAUUACUAUGGAAAAGCGGAAGAAAUACGCAACAAAUUGUUGGUGUAUCAUGCAACUAAAGUUGAAAAGCUUGUACAGAAUUUUAAGGAAAAAAGAGCAAAAAUCCAUUUGGAAGAGAUAUCUGUUUUGGAAAUUGUGCCAGAUGGGUUAGUUGAUGUUACAAAUGAUAAAAUACGAUUUAUUCUUACUGAUCUUUUUAACAUAAUAGAAGAAUUGAAUAGCCAAGCCAGAAGGAUGAAUCAAUGGAUUGAACAGUCAAGAGAUAUUUUAAUAUCCGAUUUGUUGAGCUAUGAACUGAAAGGAGAAGAAUAUGGGCAAUCAUUGCUUGAGCAAGACAAAGUAUGUUACUUGUUUAUUGUGUUGGAAAAAGCGUUUUUGCACCGGAAAAUUGCAAUAAAUGGAAGAUCUAGUAAUUACGAGCUGGUUUUGGAGAUUUCUAUAUCGAAGAUGUUUGUUCAUCGGUUUGUUGAUGAUAAUCAGAAACAAGAGAAAAAAAGUAGGGAAAUUGAGGAGUUCAAAGAGAGUCUCAAGGCUGAACUUUUAGAAGUUCAACCUACUAGUUGUCAAAGAAAAAAGUUUGAUUUUUUUUCAAUGAAAGGUUGUUUAGAGAAAAUUUGCUCAUUGCAAAAACAGGUUAACAAAAGUGAGUUUACAACACGAGAAAGGGAAAAACUUGAAAUAAUAAACUUCAAGGUGACGAAAGUUGUUGGUCAGUUGAAUGAUUCAAUACUGGAGCAUAAAAAGACAAUAUUUGAAGAAUUGAAUAGCAUGUACAAUACAAGAGUUGAAUAUUAUCGACAAUUACAGAUGAUUUCUGAUAGUGUGAAACCGAUUGAUUUGAACCAAUUCAACGGAAGAUUGAUUGAGAAAUUUGAGCGAUUGUCACUUAAGGAGCAAAGAGAACAUCUUGAAGAAGUAGAUAGCCAAUUGGUUGAAAAGUUGAGGAAAAACAAGAUCCAGAUAUCUCAUGACCGAGGAAAACUACAUUAUCUUGAGAGUUUAAGCAAAAAAUCAUCUAGUAGUAAUAAAGCAAGUAAAGAUGGUGAAAAACAUGGUGAAGGUGAUGAUGAUGAUAAUGAUGAUGAUGAUGAUGAUGAUCGUAUAUGUAUUAUAUGCACUUCUUCGAUUAGCGUUGGGGUAUUAACUGAAUGCGGGCAUCAAUACUGCAAGAAUUGUUUAUACCAGUGGUUAUCAAUUCAUAAAAACUGUCCCAUAUGCAAACAGAGCGUCAGUAAAAGCAGUGUUUAUUCAUUUAAAUUCAAUCGGCAGGAUUUGAGAGUCAAAUUGUUAUCAGACAAGAACAACGAGGAGAAAUAUGAUAUAUAUAAGAAAAUGGAUGAAGAGAGGCUAGGAGAAAUCGACCAAAAUGAAAUAGGCCAAAAGUAUCGAUAUGGAUCGAAAGUUGAUAUUAUUGUAAAGUUGGUGAAAUGGUUGAAGAGCGGAAAAGAGGACGUCCAAAUCGUUGUUUUUUUCUUAAUGGGAAGAGUUCUUGUCUGUAAUUGGAGCAGCUUUGACGCAUAAUGAUAUUAAAUACUUGGGAUCCAAGUCGUGGGGAGAUCAAAACAACAGCAAAUUUGGGAGUGUGAAUGAGAACGAGAGUGACGAGACAAGACGAAGAAGCAAAAGACCUCACAAAGCACGUAAAUUGGCAGAAGAUAUUCAUGUUUUUAAGACAGAUCCCACU